CGGGAAAGUGACAUCUUUUUGUUGGUUGUGGCCUUUUUUUUUUGUCAGAUUGCCUAUGGAGGUGUUGUGAUGGCUGGAUUGUUUUUCCCAAGGGAACCUUUUUUAUCUUCGCGAAAUGCAGCUGCUCUGAAUGUCCCCCUACUUGCCGUUACAGGUUUGCUUCAGAGGUAUUUGGCUAAAGAACAGCAAUGUCAACGCCGGAUGGGAUACUUGCGGUUCUGUCGACGUAUGGAGUUGAUUGUGCAGCUUCCGUUUACAGCGGUGGCGACUGCAAACUCACUCCCUCUCAAUCAGGAAACAGCGCCGCGCUCUUGAUGGUUCUCUGGUCUCCACCACAUUAUGACUCUCCUGAUACUCAGUGGCCCCUCAGGUCCGUGCUCCUGGCUGAGGUAUUCACCGUCUCAACUCUUCUUGUAUACUAUACAUGGAAUGUGCAAGAACACCGGAAUGUGGACAAGCUUCCUGAUGUGCACCAGUCACUGACUUCAGCUUUGCGUGCUAGUGCCCCACUUGACAAUUGCAGGUAUGAUGAUGGAGAUCUUGCGGAACGACAAGCCGAACUCAUCCGCUUCCAGCAAGAUAGUGUGCGUCAUCUCAGCAGAGAGAUUCUACGAUUGCAAGAGCGACUAAGCAAGUACGAGUCUUCGGAAGAUGGAGGGAAUACGAGGGAAGAUAUGGAGAAUAUUCUUGCUGCUAGAGAACAGUCGGUGGGAGCUCUCACAGCGGAGCAUGUGGAUGAAAAUGCUCGGCUGCGAGCUAUGCUAGACGAAUGGAGUGCACGGAACGCAAAGAUGGAGAUUGCAUACGAGCAGGAGAAGCGGCGCUACAACGAACUACGGAGAAGAGUGGCAGCUUCAGCUUCUUCCUCUGGAUUAGCCCGGAAGCCCUCAUCAUCGACCAGUCUGGCCACGCCAUCGCUCGCACAAUCGCCUCCUGUCUCAUGAUCGGAAAGGGAUCGUCAACAUCACAAACACAGUCGUUGCAUUCUCGAAUCUAAACACCGCAUUUUGUC